GGAAGUGCGUGCUCUCGGCCUUUCCGCGUCCCUCGCGGCGAGCGACAGGUCGCAGCGGCGCGGUCCGCUGUGAGGGUUCUCGGCCAACUGCUUCCACGCGGGGCCCGACGCCGCGGCGCUCGCUCCUGCUCCUCGGUCGAGAGAAGAUGGUGGGCCGGAACAGCGCCAUCGCCGCCGGUGUCUGCGGGGCUCUUUUUAUCGGGUAUUGCAUUUACUUCGACCGCAAGAGACGAAGUGACCCCAACUUCAAGAACAGGCUUCGAGAACGAAGAAAGAAACAAAAGCUUGCCAAGGAGAGAGCUGGACUUUCCAAGUUACCUGACCUUAAAGAUGCAGAAGCUGUUCAGAAAUUCUUCCUUGAAGAAAUACAGCUUGGUGAAGAGUUGCUAGCCCAAGGUGAAUAUGAGAAGGGUGUAGACCAUCUGACAAAUGCGAUUGCAGUGUGUGGACAGCCACAGCAGUUGCUGCAAGUGUUACAGCAAACUCUUCCACCGCCAGUGUUCCAGAUGCUUCUGACCAAGCUUCCGACAAUUAGUCAGAGAAUUGUAAGUGCUCAGAGCUUGGCUGAAGAUGAUGUGGAAUGAAAAACCAAUAUCAACAUAAUCUCAAUUAAAAAUAUUUUUAAAAUCUUAACUCGGAAGAUGAGCAGCUCUGGGGGAAUAAGGGCAAAUAGGCUGGUUAUGGACUGUCCUACACUGAAAUCUACCAAAGUUAAUUUUUACUUUGUGUAGAUCCAUUUGUCUGUUUUAUUUAUUUUUCCCAGUGAAAAGUGUAUUUUGAUAGAAGUCUUUUCAUUUUAUAAAUACACUACGAGUUACCGAAAUAUCAUGGAUUUAUUUUAUUCCUAAAAUGUGCAAUUAAAAUGUACAUAUAGCGUCACAUUUCUUACGUUAAAAAUACUCUGCUUAGUUUUGAAAGAUAGGCCAAGAAAAUGUAGGAGAAAGUUGAAGAAUGCACGUGUUUUUUUUGUUUUUUGUUUUUUUUAAAGCUAGUUCAUUUUGUUCUACAUAAAAGAAUUGGAUAGGAACCUGCUUUAUCAAAACUAAGCAUUAAAAUCUUUGAGAGGUCAUUUCUUUCCUUUUAAUCUCUUAAUACGUGAGAUGUGCUGCUGUGCUGUAUUAACUCACCUCCCUGUGUAUUUGUCUUGAAAUGUUUUGUUUAAACCAGUGGGCUUAAUGUGUUCUGGAUAUUUAUCUCCAUGCAUUUUAGCUGUAUGUAGUUGCAGAUAGCACUGGGAAUUAGAUCUGUGUCAUUCUUAAUCUAGCCAUGUGAGCUUCACCAAUUACUGUCUGCCCUCUUUUCCUCUUUAUAAAUGAGGCAGUUGGUGUGCUAAUUCAGAGAAGUGUCCCUUUCAGCUUUUAAUUCAUUUGUUUCUGUUUAGCAUCUAUUUUCAAAUCCACCUUUUCCUGAGGUAUAUGUUUGUUUGGGCAACUAGGCCUUGCAUUUUUUUAUACUCUGAAUUUUGCAUGCUUGCCUGACUUUGUAUUUUUGAGUUGAUCCCCCCCACCCCCCACCUUUUUUUAAAGAUCUAACUUGUGUUGGUUUUCACUGAAAUCCUAUGGUUCUGUCACUGUCGUAAAUCUGAAACUUAACUUUUAGGUAGCUGGGAUGAUACGCUUGUAAAAUGUUUGUUCCCUUUGCUUUUAUCUUCAGUGUAUCUCCUUAAUCCUCUUUCAUUUAUCUUGUUACGAUGAGAAUAAGGUGUAACCUUGUAGCUGAAGACUUGGAAAGAAUGGAGGUGUUCUCAAAAUAGUGACAUGUUUUCUGCAGUCACAGAUUCAACAUCGGGCCUGAGAAUAAAGAUCCUUGGUACUUGCUGUCAUCUGUUGAACUGAGUAACAAUUCCUCCCUGUAUAGGUUGCCUUUACUCUGUCUAAAAAUCUGGAGAGAUCCCAAAGACUUUGCCUAGGUACCAGACUUUUUAUUUUGUUUUACUUACAAAUUUUCCUUAACCUUGGGUUUUUGUUGUGGUUGAGAUCUAAAGGAGAGCGUUUGCAGUAUGGUUCUAAGUUUUUGCCUCUGGACAUCCCCACGCCCUUUGGCAGGUCACAUUACAUCUCUGAACUUAACCUCCUAGUAUUCUCGUCUGUAAAAGAACAUCAGACCACGCAACUCAGACAUUUAAGGACUCUUCCUUGUGUAUCUUCCACAUGUGUAAUCCUGAACCCUUAAACAGUGUGCUUUUAUUUUUGAUAACACCCAGCCUGCUCUUUUGUGGGGAUAGGGAGGUGACCAGUGCAAAUAUGCUAGUCAGUUUUACCAAUAGGUCCCAAAUCCAAAGGAGGGCAAUGGCGAUUGGUCAGUGAUUGACCACAUCGGUAGGAUACAAGCUUUUGUCCUGUGCCCAUCCCAGCCAGAGGGAGUGUUGAGACCAGGGGCAUCCAGAAUAUAGGUUAGAGUUAGUAUAUAGAGGCAAGAACAAGGGGCAGGCAGCUUGGCAAGGGGGAAAUGGACCCAGAGAAACUAAGGACUAGCUGGAGGAGUGAGGGGUUAACUUAGCUGUGUGGGAGGAUGUGAAGGCUGUAUGCUCUGGAGAAUUCUGUACUCUGAGCUGGGUAUCACUUAGUUUUCUGAAAAAUAACCAGCUUUGAUGUAAUACUUGUUGAAAAGGCUGUGGUAUCUUCCCAGUAGAGCCAAUUAUGCUGUCAUUUUCUUACUUAAGUGAUGGUUUUCAGAACAGGUGCCACUUCUGAAAGUCGUUUUGUUAAAAAACAAAACAAACCCAAGCAAGGUUUUCCCCAGAUACUUAACGUGCUGAACACUGUUUCCUAUCUAAAGUUUUAAAUGGUGAUGGAACCACGCAGUCAGUAGGGGCGAUGCUGGCCCAGUGGCCCUCAGCCCAAGAUUUAGGUAGAGUGGUGACAACCUGAGUGCGCCCAUGUCCUAAUGUUGCAUGCUUGGGUACUGUCUUUGGAAAUGGGAAUAUGUAUUUGUGUAUGUUGGUGCGCUUCCUUGGGAAAGAUCGAUUUUUCGAUUCCACAGUUGUACUUCAGGUGAAAGCACACUUAAGAUGGGCUUACCUGACUGUGUCCUGCUAGCCUGUUAACAGAUGACUAGGACUUAACAUUCACAUUGAACUUCUGUAAAGUACAUAAAACCUAGUACGGUGGCCAUAGUAGGCACUCAGUAAAUGUUUGAGUCCUCUUACCCUUCGGUAAUUGAUUUUUUUUUUUUUAAACUAAAUUUCUGCUUUUCUGACCUUGUUGAACCAACUUCUGGACCAGAGUAUUAAUGAAAUAUUGCCGAAGAGAGUUUGAGAAAAUUGGUAUAUGAUGCAGAUAUUACACAAAAUUCUUUCUUGUAACAAAAAAUGCAGUUUUAUUAUUGCUUGUGCCUCAGCUGUUUUAAGUGAAUAUUAAAGGGCUUGGAGAACA